AUGCUCACCAAGAUAUGUCGACGUUUGCAGGAAAAGGAACGUAAGAUCGUGACCUCCGGUAGCGUGUUUGUUUUCGACGAACGCGAAUCGGGAAUAAAACGCUGGACUGACGGUCUAGUAUGGAGCCCCUCACGGAUUCUGGGAAACUUUCUUAUUUACCGUGAACUAGACAAACGAGUUCAGACAGGAAAGAAAGAUUCGUCACCGACGGAGAGACAGCGUAGUAACAGCACCGAUAUGGAAUCCCAAGCUGAAAAAAAUAAGGAACGCGCCUUGGUGGGCAGUCUCACCAACUCGUACCGAUUUAAGAAAGGAGGUUUAAUCAAGAAAACAAUGUCUAUCAUGGUUAAUGGUGUCAGUCAACAUAUGAUAAGCUAUUACACCAAGGAAGAUGUGAUAGCUCACAAACUCAAGACCCCUUCCUCCAUACCGUCCUUGGCGAUUCUUGAAAUCGCUCCGGAAUUCUUGUUGAAACAAAAUUUUAGGAUACCACCGGUGAUAGAGUCUACUUAUGAACAAGAUCUAGAAGGGAUAUCUUACGGGAAAUCCUCGUCGACAGUCUCAUCGGCUUCACCGCACGCCAUCCUCCCCAAGCCUGGCGGGGGUACCGUGAGUCCAUCACGACUGACAAGUAUGGAGCUUGUACCUUCUCGCAUAAAAAUUGAGAUGGAGAAUGUGAAUUCUUCGAACGUUGAGAUUUAUCGACCGACAUCCUAUUAUCCCAGUUCCAAUUCCUCCAAUUAUCAUUCAGUCGUGCAUUCCCAUUAUGCAUCAUCACCUUACGCUACGCCGAAUCAUCAUCACGUUGCGAGUCCGAACGGCGUUAACGGAGCUCACACGCUGCCGAUGCCAUCGAUGCGUUCUUACAUUAAUCGUCAGGCUUCAUACCACGAGUACCCACCACCGCCACGUCUGCUGACGUCGCCAUCGUCGCAAUCCAAUCAACCUUUAAUACCAAGCAUUGGGUCUCAUCAAAAUGAUUACAACAACUAUUACCACUCAUCAUCACCGCAAAGUUAUCCAUCGUCACCGCAGAAUUAUCCCACUUACUCAUCGCACUCCUCAACGCAUGCGAACAAUUCCCCCGCCACUUCCACUCACGGAAGUAAUCAUAUGAUAUCACAGCAACAACAGCCACCGCUACCACCACCGUCAUCACAGCAGCAGACCAGUGGUCACCUUCACGCUGACACAGGUGGCGAGGCGUUUAACACCCUUGGUCAGGUCCCUUUGUAUGCCACCGGUAAUCCGUAUAAUGACCUGUCGUCAAGUAUUCCCGAUCUGUAUAAUACCUUAAACUCACCUUCGCCACCAACCUCCGCACCGCAAUCCCAUCAACACCACGAACAUUUAGUCGGCUCACCAUCUCCCACGCUCCCGGCCAUCUCCUCGCCAACAAGCACGGCCAGCAUAACCAACAACAGUUCGAGCAAUGCACCCGUGACCCCUCCGCUCAGUUCACCGAAUAAUACCGCCACCAUUGUUAAUCCUGGCAAUGGGGGGAAUCAAAAUAUAUUUGGACCGUAUUACUCGUCAUUAAUAAAGAACGAGGGUUAUCCUUCGUCCGUUUCCAAUAACUUUAUGUAUGAUGCUUAUUGGGAGAUGAGAAAUUGA